UGCAACAACAACAACAACAAGGAUAUCAUUGGCAAUGCAAGCAACAAAUUCGGCAACAAUGGCAGCAAUUAUUAUGCAACAAAUGCAAUCGGUGGCUACAUGGAGCAUUUCAAUAACACACUCGAACACGACCCGGACAAUUGGCCACUGGAGCGUGUUGUCUCUAUCAUUGUGCCCAUCUUUUUUGGCAUUAUCGGCUUUGCCGGACUGCUGGGCAAUGCGCUCGUCAUACUCGUUGUUGUAGUUAACCAACAAAUGCGCUCAACCACAAACCUAUUGAUUAUUAAUCUGGCCGUUUCCGAUAUACUCUUUGUCAUCUUCUGCGUUCCAUUCACCGCCACCGACUACGUUUUGCCCGAAUGGCCAUUUGGCAAUUUGUGGUGCAAAUUUGUGCAGUACAUGAUUGUGGUCACAUGCCAUUGCAGCGUCUACACUUUGGUGCUCAUGUCCUUUGAUCGCUUUCUGGCCGUUGUUCAUCCUGUAACGAGCAUGUCUCUGCGCACCGAACGCAAUGCAACGCUCGCCAUUAUGUGCGCCUGGAUAACAAUUGUGACAAGUGCCAUACCGGUGGCCUUGUCCCAUUCCGUGCGUAGAUAUCAGUAUCGUGGACGCGAUGGCACCGCCUGCGUCUUCUCCACCGAGGAGGAGGUCUGGAGCCUUGUGGGCUUUCAGGUCUCGUUCUUUUUGUCCUCGUAUGUGGCCCCAUUGACGUUGAUUUGCUUUUUGUAUAUGGGCAUGUUGGCACGCUUGUGGAAAAGUGCGCCCGGUUGCAAGCCAUCCGCCGAGUCACGCAAGGGCAAGCGACGCGUAACGCGAAUGGUUGUUGUUGUGGUCUUAGCGUUUGCCAUCUGCUGGUUACCCAUACAUGUUAUACUCGUAAUGAAGGCAUUGGAUAUGUAUGGCGGCUCUCAUCUAUCGGUUAUAAUACAGAUAAUCUCACAUGUGCUGGCCUAUACCAACUCUUGCAUUAAUCCCAUACUCUAUGCUUUUCUAUCUGACAAUUUCCGCAAGGCAUUCCGCAAGGUCGUUUGGUGCGGCAGCCCACCACCCAUUGUGACUAAUCAGCAAAUGACCAAAACAACUCGCACUGCAACUGGCAAUGGCACAUCCAACAUUGAAAUGCUCUAAAUGCAUUCGCUGCAGCUUUUUCGAAACACGAAUUUGUGUUUAGCUUAGAGCAAGAGGCAAACUAAAAUUUAUAGCAUUAAGUUGAGCUGCGUGUUUUGAAAACACAUUAGUCUAAAUUAUGUUUUGGCAUAAAUAUGUUAUAUGUUAUCAACUUAGCUUA